AUGGCCCCAUCAAUCCUCGAAACCCAGACUGAAGCACCCCAUACUUUGGCCAGCCCAGUCCAAAGGACUGCUGAUAGGAAGGUCUUCCCCGAUGGCAUAAAGACGAGCGGGCAGCAUCCUCCACUUUAUAAUAAGCUCAGACCAUACUCUGAUUUCCCUACGGAAAUAACGGGGGAGAGUAUUUGGAGGGCCGAAGACUAUGUUAACAACCCGGAGCGAUGGGUUCAUGUAUUUGAUGAGGAGGAAGUCGCCGAGUUGAGCGCCGUGGCAGAUAAGUUCCUUGCGGAUAAAAUACCCUUAACUGGGAUCUCAAAGCAAAACUUUCCACUGCCAAAACUUUCUAAAUUUUUAACAUCAAUUCGCUCCGAGAUACUCAAUGGAAAGGGUUUCAUUUUGUUCAAAGGCUUCCCAGUUGAGAAAUGGGGCAAUCAUAAGUCUGCGGUGGCAUAUAUGGGCCUUGGAACAUAUCUUGGCUAUUUCGUUUCUCAGAAUGGCCGCGGGCAUGUUCUGGGACAUGUGAAAGAUGUGGGGGAUGACCCAACUCAGAUUGAUAAAGUAAGAAUAUACCGCACGAAUGCUCGUCAAUUCUUCCACGCAGAUGAUUCAGAUAUCGUGGGUUUGCUCUGCAUUGCCCGAGCACUUGAGGGCGGGGAAUCGGAUAUCGUCUCAUCUCACCAUGUUUGGAACACACUUCAAAAGGAACGACCAGACGUUGCGGAAACAUUAACAAAACCAAUAUGGUAUUUCGACCGCAAAGGAGAAGUGAGCGCUGGGGAAGAACCAUACAUACGAACCUCGGUGUUUUAUCUGGAGACGGGCGCAAAUCCAAGAGUAUAUUCAAAGUGGGACCCAUACUACAUCAAAUCGCUGGAUCGAUUCAUGGAGAAAGGGAUUAUCCCUCCCCUAUCUCCUGAACAAGUCGAGGCGGCGAGGGUCUUGGAAGAGACAUGCCAUCGAUUAAGUCUUCACAUGAUUCUAGAGAUUGGAGACAUUCAGUUUUUAAGCAACGAGCACGUUCUCCAUGCUAGAACUGCGUACAAAGACCAUGCACCACCGGCCCCAAGAAGGCAUUUGAUGAGGCUAUGGCUCGCGACGCCUGAGGAUGAAGGCGGAUGGAGUUUGCCAUUCCAUGAUUCGGAGGAGAAGAAGAGAGGAGGAGUCCAAGUCAACAAUCAACCACCAGUCGCGCCUCUAGAUGCGGAAUAG